AGUUGAUUAUUUGUCGUCAUAACUACAACUUAAGCUUUUCUGGAAGGACGCUGUCCUGUUAGUAAACAAAUGAGUUUCAACAAUUUUCUUUAAAUUGAAUACUACAGAAUGGGUUUCUGUCUUUCUUGCUGUAAAUCUUCAGAACCUGAAUAUAUAUCUCCAUCAGAAGAUGAAAGACGACAAAAAAUGACAGAAGCUGCCGAGCGACGUUUACGUGAACAAGAACGAAGAGGUCUUAAAACUGAUGCAAGUGUACAGCGAGUUGAACGAGCAAAGGAACGGUCCAUGGUUGCUGAUGAAGCUCGCGAACAUUCAAAUGCAGAUGGUCCUUUAAGGUGGCAAGUCACCUAGCUUGAAGCAGAAGAUAAAAAAAUGUAUAUAAAAUUAUAGUCUGUGCAGAAUUUUUUAAGUACUAGCACUAAGUAUUUUCUUGAAAAUGUGAUAUUUUAACUGUGUGUAUAUAUAAUUAAUAUUUCUUGAGUUAGAGAUAAUUUUUAUGAGAGAAACUUGUUAUAAACAUUUAAAAUGAUAUAAUCAGUUAAUUUGUUAGUCAUUUUUUUUGUAUUGUCAUAUGUAGGAUUUUAAUGUCUUUUGAUGAAUUUUCUUGCAAUUUUUUUUCUAUGAAGUAUUUAACACACUUUUAAAAUGAGAAUUUGUAAAAGUCACCUGCUAUGUGUGCAUAAUGUUUAAUAAUUAAACCAGUAUCUUGUAAUAUA